AACAAGGCUUGCAUUUUUAGCACUCAUUAAUAGAGGCAUAAAGGCAACCGAAUCUGCAGACUUCUCAUUUAAACAGAUUGGAGACUCAAAAUGUUAGUGAUGAAAAUGAAGACCCUCCAUGUUCUGUGGAUCUGGAUCUUUCUGUCAGGAUUCAGGAUUGCAGUCACUAAUGAGAUUAAUAUACAUGGAUACAGUGGAAGAUACCUCACAAUUCUAUGUUCUCAUACUUGGGCUCAGAACAACAGGAAGUAUUUCUGCAGAGAUCCAUGUAAAAAUGAAGAUAUACUAGUUGCAUCCGAUCGGUCACCUAAUGGGAGAUUCAGACUGGAUGAUUCUGGAGAGGGAAUCUUCAGUGUGACCAUCAGUGAACUACAGGAGUCAGAUUCUGGGGUUUACUGGUGUGGAGUGGACAGACCUGUGGCAGUGGACACAUAUAAUAAAGUGACUCUGACAGUAUCAAAAGUCACACAAACGUCUACAGAAGUGUAUACAACUCUGCCGUCACCUACACCAACAACACAUAAAGAAUCUCAAUCUUCUACAACAAGAAGAACCUCCAGAUAUUCAACUCCUGAUGACAUCACACACUUACCUUCAGUAACAAUGUCUGUGUACACUUCACUGUAUGCUGUCGGUGGUCUGGUCAUCAUGGUGAUCAUACUUGCAGUUGGAUUGGUUGCUGUUCUCAAAUUUAAGAAGAAAGUGCAGACAUCAGCAAUUAAGGAAUGUCACAAUGAAUAUAGAGUUGAAGAGGCUAACAGUAUAUAUAAGAAUGAUCUUCCUGAUGUACAGAUGAAAUCGAACCACAAGACUGAAGUCCCAACAAGCCAGUCGGAUUCAGUCUAUGAACAUGUAAAACUCAGCAUGGGCAAGUCAGAUACAGUCUAUGGAAAUCUCUGAUGCCGACAUCCCACAAUGAGAGUGAAGAAUAGACCUCAAGACCAGGCAACUGAUGGCAAACUUUUCUACAUCAUAUGUCACAAUAAAGGCCUUCAAGUCAUAAACGAAUUUAAUUAAAAAUGUGAACGAAAACAUCAAUAAAUUCCAUUUACAGUAUAUUACUACAUACAUUUAUGUAUCAAGUAUUUAGAGCGUCCUCAAAUGACCACAGGGAGUGCCAUGUCUGAUUUUGCUUCUCUAAUUACUGUCAUUUUGCAAUUCUUUUGACGUUCCCUUUGGUUGAAAUUUUUUCUCAUGUUGCAGCUUGAUAUAUAGUCAACUAUAAGUCAGCUACUUGUAGGCUGAUUUAAUAACACUGUGGCUACACUGAAGGUUCUGUCGUUUGCAUCUGGGUAAUGUUUUUUUUUUGUUUUUUUUUUUUUACAAUUUAAACAGUGACCUCUGGUUGAAAUGUAUAUAUCGGAGUACUGAUGAAACAUGCUUGUAAAACCAUGCAAAAGUAUGGCUGGUUAGUAUCAUAAGUUUGCCACUGCUGGUAGAUAAUU